AUGGACUCUACGCGGUCAACCCCACCCAAAAGAAGACGCGACGAUGAAGACGGCUCCGAUGACGAACGACCGCGCAAACGCUCCGCUUCCCAUGAGCCGCCCAAUGCCUCACCAAGCUACAGGAUAGCGGAACGACCCGCGCGCCGGUAUAGCAGAGGUGACAGCGAAGAGGAGCAACGCGAGUACAGAGACAGGCGGCCUUCAUACUCACCCUCGCCAUCACGGUCACGACGUUCAAGCUCCUCAUCCUCCUCGCGGCGGCGCCACACUUCCUCGCGCUCGAAACCUACCUCCCUGCACUAUGCGCCUACGCUCAUCCUGCGCGGCCACAAGAAAGCCAUAUCCUGCGUCAAAUUCUCCCCAGAUGGCCGCUACAUCGCCUCUGCGUCCGCCGACUGCACAAUCAAGAUUUGGGACGCCAGGACAGGAGCACUCGAACACACGCUUGAAGGCCACCUCGCCGGUAUCAGCACAAUAUGCUGGUCUCUGGAUUCCAAGAUCCUGGCCAGUGGCUCAGACGACAAGAGCAUACGGCUAUGGGAUACAACAACCGGACUAGCACAUCCAACCCCUUUCAUUGGUCACCACAACUACGUCUACAGCAUAGCCUUCAGCCCCAAAGGCAACAUGCUCGUCUCCGGCUCCUACGAUGAGGCAGUCUACCUCUGGGAUGUGCGCGCCGCCCGAGUAAUGCGCUCUCUCCCCGCUCACUCCGACCCCGUCGGCGGUGUAGAUUUUGUCCGUGACGGCACUCUCAUCGUCUCGUGUUCCCACGAUGGCCUGAUCCGCGUCUGGGACACAGCAACAGGCCAAUGUCUACGCACCCUCGUCCACGAAGACAAUGCCUCCGUCUCCUCCGUCAUCUUCUCUCCAAACGGGAAAUACAUCUUGGCCUGGACCCUAGACUCAUGCAUCCGCCUCUGGAACUACAUUGAAGGAAAGGGGAAAUGUGUCAAGACGUAUCAAGGUCAUGUCAACAAGCAAUAUUCGCUUUCCGGAGCCUUUGGCACGUAUGGCGAGACGGAGACUGGGCAGGAAUAUGCAUUUAUUGCGUCUGGAGAUGAAGAGGGGCAGGUUGUGCUGUGGGAUGUUGGUAGUAAGAAUGUGCUGCAGAGGUUAGAAGGACACACCGAUGCGGUGCUUUCUGUGCAUACGCAUCCCACCGAGAAGCUGAUUGUUAGUGCGGGGUUGGAUCGCACGAUUAGGUUGUGGAGACCGACGGAGAGGAAAGAGAUCAGUGCAGUGAAGACGGAUGAGGGGGAGGACAAGGUGAAUGGCGCGGGGCAUGAGCCUGUUGUUAAUGGGGUUAAAGAGGAAACGGAUAGGGCCGAUUCUCUUCCGCCUAAUCCCUUCGCCGAGGACUGA